AUGUCUUGGGGACUAACGUCGUACGUCCUGGGCCUCUUUAACUGGGCCAAACAGAACAUUACAGCCAUCUACCAAUGGAUCAGCGGGGCAGAGUCAGAGGCUCUAAAACGUCAAAUUGAAAAGCUGAUGUUGGAGCUCCAAAAGGCACAGAAUACGGCAGCCCGUGAGGAGCAGAAGGUGGCAAGACUCGGCGCCGACCUGGCUUUAGGUAAGGAGAAAAUGAAAACCCUCUCGGACCAGGUAGAGAACCUGAUGGUUGAGCUGGAUAAGAGGGAUCACUCCUUCAGACACAUGGCAGAGAAGUUUAGGAGGGAGGCAGCCAUGUGUCAGGAGGAGCAGAGGCUGAGGAUAGAGCUCAGCAGAAGUGUAGAAAUGCUCCAGAGUGACUUAGAAGAAGGGAAGAGUCGGAAGAAGCAUUCAGAGCUGAAGGUGGCAGAACUCAGCGCCAACCUGGUUUCACGUGAGGGGGAAAUUAAAACCCUCUGGGACCAGCUGGAGUUCAUGAUGGUUGAGAACGAUAAGAAGGAAGGCUCCUACAGACACAUGGAAGAGAAGUUUCAGAAAGAGGCAGCCACGUGUCAGGAGGAGCAGAGAAAGAGAAUCGAGCUCAACAGAACGGUAAUAAUGCUCCGGCUCGACUUAGAUCAGCAGAAGAAGCAGACAGAGCUGUGGAUUAGAAAAGAGGGAGAAACCAGACACGAGCUUGAGGAACUCGGGGAGAAGUACUCCAAGAUCUCCCAGGGGAACGAGUUGAUGUUUCAGACCGGGGUCAUCGACAGCCAAAACCUUCAGCAGGAGCUGGAGGCUGAAAAGACGGCUCAGGCUGAAACAUCAACAGAAGCCAAGCUGGAGAACCGGCGGGAGAAGAGACGAAGAAGAAGAGACAAAAAGAAAGCAUCACACUCAAAGUUGGUCUCAGCUCCUGCUCCAGAUCAAGAACUGGAGAUAGAAGAGGGCUCUCAGGACCAAGAUGAGGGACAAACUCAAGAUUUGGAAGAAAACAGACAAAAAUUGAAUUUGGAAAGACCUCCCUGCUGCCAUGAUUCGACUGGUUUGGCCCAGAAGAAGCAAAAAUGA